CAGGUCACUUUCAACAUGGAGAGUGGAGCAGGAAAGCACUGGACUGAGGAAGAGGUUAAAGCUUUGCUAAGUAUCUGGGCAGAAAAAAAUAUACGAAAACAACUCUAUGGAACCCUGAGAAAUAAAGGAAUAUUUAUCUACAUUGCUAAAAGGCUGCAAGCACUAGGAGUAUACAGAGAUUGGAAACAGUGCCGGGCAAAGUACAAAAAUCUCAAAUAUGAAUACAGAACGGUUAAAUAUGCCCACAACUCUGGAGACAGCUCUAAAACUAUGAAGUUCUUCCAUGAUUUGGAUGCGAUCCUGCAGUAUGAACCUGCCACACAAUUAACAGAGGAAGAUGCAAAUGACAGGUGCCUGGCAACGCUGAGCCAAAGUACAGCCCCAGAGAUCACAGAAGGCAAAAUGUCAGUUACAUCAGUAGACAAGGAAGACAUCCCAGGAAAUCCUUUACUUUUGGUUUCUCAUGUCAGACCAAUGGAACUAGGUAACUCUCCACCAAUAAUGGAACCCCCUAAUAAUCCAACUUUCAUUCCAGCUGUAGCAAAUGAAGGAGGAAAACACUGGACUGUGCCAGAAGUCAGGGCUCUGAUAGGCAUCUGGUCUGAUAAAGGCAUACAACAACAACUAGAGGGAACAGUGAGAAAUAAGAGGAUAUUUGAACAAAUUGCUGCCGAGCUUCAGAAACUCGGAAUAGAGAGAGACUGGAAGCAGUGCAGAACAAAGUACAAAAACUUAAAACAUGAAUACAAGAUUGUAAGAAUGGCUCAAGACCUAGGCAUGACUAAGAGUAUGAAAUUUUUUACUGAGUUGGAUGCUAUUCUGGGACACAGUAAAACAGAAAACUCACAAGAACAGGAAUCCCACGAUGGAAAGGAAGCCACAGGAUGUGCCAAUGUAAAAAUGGAAGAGGAUCAGACAGUCAUUACUGGAGAUGCAGCUGAAGAUGACUCGGUCAGUAAUAUGUCAGAAGACCUAAGAGAGACAGAUACGAGACAAAGCCCUGGCACAGAGGAAGACACUGUAAGUACUGCCUCAGAAGAGGUGCGUGGCCCCACAGCACUGCACAGUAUCACUGGGUCAGGUAAUCAUAUUCCUUUAGAAGAUGCUAAAAGUCAUUUACAGAUUAUAACAGUGAGCAACACAGAGGCUGGAAAACACUGGUGUGACAAUGAGGUCAGAGCACUUAUAAACAUAUGGUCUGACGAAAAAAUUAAGCAAAUGCUUGAAGGGGCCACAAGAAACAAAGAAAUAUUUGAGGAAAUUGCCAGAAGACUAAUGCAGUUUGGAAUAGACAGAGACUGGAAACAAUGUCGUACCAAAUACAAAAAUUUUAAAUAUGAAUACAGAGUUUUACAAAAGAAAACUGGCAACCCUCAAGGAAAAAUGAGAUUUUAUGAAGAAGUUGAUGGCCUCCUAAGACAACCAUCUCUCAGAACUGCCAAAUGGAAACAUGAAUUAUUUGAAAGUCAUACCCAAAACCCAAGAACUUUGAGAAUCAAGAGAAGAGCACAUGAAGACGAACCAGCGGCAGUAUCUCUUAAGAAAACUGCUCCUGAGAUCACUGCAAAUCAGUUUCCUCAAAGAAGAACAGAACCAAAAGAUUGUACAGAAUGUUUUUGCAGUCAGGAGACCCCCUACGUGACCCAACUUCAUCAGAGUCCUGCCUCUCUUCCUAGAGCUGCCGCUGCUUCCAGACCACUCCGGAUAAUGGCGACAGCCGAGGUACUGAAGAUUGGUAAAAAACUCUAUGAGGGUAAAACAAAAGAAGUCUAUGAAUUGUUGGAUAGUCCAGGAAAAGUCCUCCUGCAGUCCAAGGACCAGAUUACAGCAGGAAAUGCAGCCAGGAAGAAUCACCUUGAAGGAAAAGCUGCAAUCUCAAAUAAAAUUACCAGUUGUAUUUUUCAGCUGUUACAGGAAGCAGGUAUCAAAACUGCUUUCACCAGAAAAUGUGGAGAGACAGCUUUCAUUGCACCUAAGUGUGAAAUGAUUCCAAUUGAAUGGGUUUGUAGAAGAAUAGCAACUGGUUCUUUUCUCAAAAGAAAUCCUGGUGUCAAGGAAGGAUAUAAGUUCUACCCACCUAAAGUAGAGAUGUUUUUCAAGGAUGAUGCUAAUAAUGAUCCGCAGUGGUCUGAGGAACAGCUAAUUGCUGCAAAUUUUUGCUUUGCUGGACUUGUUAUAGGCCAAACUGAAGUGGAUAUCAUAAGUCAUGCUACACAGGCUAUUUUUGAAAUACUGGAGAAAUCCUGGUUGCCCCAGAACUGUACACUGGUUGAUAUGAAGAUUGAAUUUGGUGUUGAUGUAACCACCAAAGAAAUUGUUCUUGCUGAUGUUAUUGAUAAUGAUUCCUGGAGACUCUGGCCAUCAGGAGAUCGAAGCCAACAAAAAGACAAACAGUCGUAUCGUGACCUCAAGGAAGUAACUCCUGAAGGGCUGCAGAUGGUAAAGAAAAAUUUUGAGUGGGUUGCAGAAAGAGUAGAGUUGCUUCUGAAACCAGAAAGUCAGUGCAGGGUUGUAGUACUGAUGGGCUCAACCUCUGAUCUUAGUCACUGUGAAAAAAUUAAGAAGGCUUGUGGAAAUUUUGGCAUUCCCUGUGAACUUAGGGUAACAUCUGCCCAUAAAGGACCAGAUGAAACUCUGAGGAUUAAAGCUGAGUAUGAAGGGGAUGGCAUUCCUACUGUAUUUGUGGCAGUGGCAGGCAGAAGCAAUGGUUUAGGACCAGUGAUGUCUGGUAACACAGCAUAUCCAGUUAUCAGCUGUCCUCCCCUCACUCCAGAUUGGGGAGCUCAGGAUGUGUGGUCUUCUCUUCGAUUACCCAGUGGUCUUGGCUGUUCAACCAUACUUUCUCCAGAAGGAUCAGCUCAGUUUGCUGCUCAGAUAUUUGGAUUAAACAACCAUUUGAUUUGGGCCAAACUGCGAGCAAGUGUAUUGAACACCUGGAUUUCCUUGAAGCAGGCUGACAAGAAAAUCAGAGAGGGCAAUUUAUAAGAAAGAACAUCAUUGCAUUGUUUAGGAGAAAAACUAUAAAUUUCUAGUUUAGCUGCAGAAAAAAGAAAUCAAGCAAGAUGAAAAGAUUUUAAAUCAAUCAGAGAAAACAAAAUUUAAAAGUGAAUGAAUGCCUCUCUAGAUUCAUGAAUUAGUAGAAUAAAUGUACAUAUUUAUUAGUAUUUCUUUAUAAGUAGUGAAAUUAGUAUACAUUUAAAAUUAAUCUCUUACCCACAUAUGGUCAGUUAGGUAGGCAGUAUAAUUAAAUAUAUUUCUUAAAUGAUAAUAAUGUUCUAUUAUAGAGCUCUAAAGUUACUACUUCCUACAUCUGAGUCCAUAAGUUUUAGAAACUUAAAAUGGUUGUAUCUUAGGGUGGUUAAGAGCAAUAUAGUCCUCUUUCACAUUAUGAUCUUUACAAAACUCUAGGGCAUGGUUUUUUAUUUGCAGUCAGUAUGUCAGAAAAUGAUGUUGUAUUUAUCUCUAGCUAUAGCUAGAGAUGAUGUUUGGGUUUGAUAUUGCCUUUUUUAAGAAAAGCUGAGAUUGACUCUGGGGGUAAGAAAGACAUGAAUUAAGAUGAAGGGGCACUGUGGAAACCAUGGAGAGACUUCUGAGAACUUCUCUGUUAAGUGUCAGGGCAAUUUCCCAUGGAAAAGAAGUAGAGUCACCUUUGCCAUUGCAAAUGAGUUAGUAAAUCUUACUUGGCUCUGUAGGUCAUAAAAUUCUUUUAAUUCUGAUAACAUAUUUUAGCCAGACUAACAAUCCCCAAACUACCAUCAUUUUCAAAAAUUGGAAUCUCCCAGUUAAUACCCAUAACUAGUUUCUUUCUUGUAAUAGUAUUAAGUCUAGUAUACCCAGCAAAAUGCACUUCUAAAGGAGCAGUUGUUACUGAGAGGUAUGAUAGUUCAUCAUGAGUCUAUAAACCAUAUUUGGAAAUAUCAGUGUUACAUUACACAGCCUUGAGGAUUUUAUAGAUCAUGAAACUUUAAUCCAGGUGUCUAUGAACCCCUUAAGCUUACAUGUAAAAUUUUAUGUAUAUGUUCACUUCUAUGAGAAGGGGGCAAUCAAUUUUUACCAAAAAGAUGUGUCCCCCCCCCCUCAAAAUGUUAAGAAUCUCUGCUAUGAAAUCUUGACAAAUCAAGAUGAAAUCUUGACACUGGCCUACCCGGUCUAUGCUUUUUCACUUCCCUCUCAACUGUUAGCAAGCUGGCAUCUCAUCACUUCCUUCACCUGAUCUCUGUGCGGUAUGACUGACCUAACUUCCUUUCUUGGGCUAUACACCAAGUUGUUCCAACCUCAAUCUUAAUCAUUCCUCAUAUUUUACUCUUUCCCUUAAGUAUUGAUGUUUCCUACUAUUGAGUUCAUUGUUUACAAAUAAUGGUAGGAUAAUUUUAAUUCUUUACAAUGUCUGUAGACUUGUAUUUUCAGCUGUCCAUUUCUGUCUGAAUGGUCUAAACUUAACUCAUCUUCCACCAAGCCUGUAUCUGGCUGCACUCACUGUCCCAAAUUAAUUUUAUCCUUGAUGUUUUUCUCUGACCUUUCAUUUCUAACUCAUUACCAGGUCUUGAAUUUACCCUGUUUACCCAUCCACUGUACAUAAACCUCAAGCAAGGGUCAAAUUCUGUAUUAGCCUGAUCUAGGUCUUUUUUUUUUUGUGGUACGCGGACCUCUCACUGUUGUGGCCUCUCCUGUUGCGGAGCACAGGCUCCGGACGCGAAGGCUCAGCGGCCAUGGCUCGUGGGCCCAGCCGCUCCGCGGCAUGUGGGAUCUUCCUGGACCGGGGCACGAACCCGUGUCCCCUGCAUCAGCAGGCGGACUCUCAACCACUGCGCCACCAGGGAAGCCCUAGGUCUUCCUUCUUAACCCAACCUUUUUGAGGUUGAUUGUCCAAGGACUUACAACAAAAACUCUUAAAUAAAUUUCUUUUGCAACAUAGACUCCUUUGAAAAUAUGAAUGCUGUUGACCCUCUCCCUAGAAAAUUGCACAGUAUGUUUACUAACAGGUUCCAUUUGUUCCUGGGUUCCUUGAAGCCUAUCCAUAGUCUGUAGGUUAAGAAUUGCUGUUGUAACCCAUCAAGGGAACUUGCUUUCCUCUUUUUCAGACUGUUGCAUAUCUGUACGUUUAGUUCUUAGAAUGUUCUCAUUUGUCAUUAAAAUCUACUUGUUAAGUUACUAGAGCUUCAUCUUCGCUUUCUCCAUGAAACCUUCCCUGAUAAACCUUCCAGCUACAGUGGCUACAAGUACUUUCUCUGUUGGAUUGUAAGCUCCCAAAGAGGAGAAAAUGUAAUUCUACAGUUUAUUUCCCUUACAUUGUCUUAUGCUCUGAUGUGCUAAUGCCUAGCUGUCUGUUAGAAAUGGGGGAAUUAUAAAAAUCAUGUACUGCUUUAUUUUCUAAAGUUAGAUCACAAGAACAAUUAAAAAGAUUUAAUUUUAACAUCUUUGAACUUGGGCUUCAUAGUCUCUGAAUAGUCAUUGGCUGCUAUUUCAACUCUUCUGUCCCUACCGAGCAAAAGCUCCACCUGUUUCUGUGCAGUACAUAAAAAUUUCAAACACUGAUUGAGACUCAUAGAUAGGACUGACCUUUAUCAAUGGUCAUUAUUAGUUUCUUAAUAGAGUACAUAUAACCCUCAGUAGUAUAGUUCAUCAAUGCUAGAGUAAAUACUUGUUUGAAAGUAUUUUAACUGUUAUAAAAAGUAAUUUACACAAACCUACCUGGUUUGCCAUCUUUGGGUGUUUAUACUUUCUGUGGGCUUAUAGUUAAAUAGAGGAAGAAAAAUUGUGUCCGAAUAACACUGUACUUAAACUUUAUAUCUUAAAGCCACACUUAGAAUUGCUUUAAUGCCUCCUGAAAUUUAAAACAAAGCAGCCAAAUAAAAGGCAAGGAUAAGCUCUUGUGUGAAGCUUUAUUCAUUCAUCCAUGUGUGAAAUACACAUUUUGCCUUAUUUUAUUCUAGGCCCUAGGAAAGCAACACUGAACAGAGACAAGGCCCUCGCCCUCACAAAAUUUACAUUUUAUUGGGGAUAACAAACCAUAAAAGAUAAAUCAGAUAGAUUCAGGGAAGUAUUAAGUGCACAUGAAGAACAGCCAAGGUGAGAGGACAGUGAUGGGGUAAGAGGAAGGUUUUUAAGGAGAGCAGGGCAAUGAUGUAAAAGAGGAAGCCAUGCAAAGAUAUGGGGAAAUAGUUUCCCAGACUAAAAGAACAGAAAGUAAAAUAGCUUUGCCUUUUUGAGGACCUGCAAACAUGCUAAUAUUGCUGGAGCUCUGUGAGCAAGGGUAAGAGUGGAAGGAGAUAUUGAUGUAAGCAAAGGCUAGAUAACUUAGGGCCUACAGACCACACUGAAGUGUGUCAGGAAAAACCAUUGGUAAGUUUGAGCAGGGGCUGACAUGAUGUAUUCAACAGGUUUUAAAGUAUUCUCUGGCUGUUGUGUGGAUUAGAGGAGAAGCAAGGAGAUUAGUUAAGAAGCUACUGUAGUCCAGUUGAGAGAAGAUGUGACCUUCAACAAGUUACUUAAAUUUUUUGUGCCUCAAUUUCCUUGUGUGUAAAGUGGGACUAAUACUACCAACCUCAGGGUGAUUGAGAGUUAAAUGAGUCAAUAUAUGUAAAGUAUAUCCUAGCACAUGAAUGCAUUAUGUAAAAAUCUAUUUGGCUGACUGUAUAGAAUGAGUAGAGUUGAUUCCAUGAAAAUUACCUUGAAUUUGAUAUUCCCUUCAGCUGAUUUAAUUUCUAAAAACAGGAAAAAAGGGCAGAGUCAGCAUAAUGUGACUUAAAUAAAACAUGACAGGCCAUAGAACAUCCACAAUUUCUCCCUGCCAUCUUCAGCCCAGCAGUCCUUGGAAAGCCAGUGGAAACGCUUACUUUUAAUGGUGCCUUUUGCAUUUAACUCCUCACAACCUCAAAUACUUGGGGUGGGGUUGUUAACCCAGCACUGUGGUACAGUGAAAAUAGCAGUAGAAUGGGAAUGAAAAGAUUUCCUUGGGCACGUUUCUCUUUGAGCUUCAGUAACUCCUUGCACUCUGUCCUCAAUCCCUCUUACCUUUCCUUACUUUUCUUCGUAGAAUUUAUUACCACCAAACAUGGUAUAUAUUUAUUUAUUGCCUCUCUCUCCCAACUAGAAAAUACAUUCCAUGAGUACACUAGGUUGUCUUUUUGUUGUUAAUUGUAUCCCAAGCGACUAGUACUGAUAUAAUGCCUGACAUUGGCAUUUAGAAGGCACUCAAUAAAUAUUUGUGUAAUGAAUAUAUGUACAAAUUCCCAUAGGUAUGGCAACAUGGAACCAUACAUAACUAAAUAUUAGAGGAGUAUAACAUGCAAGGGGAGUAGACAGUAACAAAAUAUCAUAAAGGACCUUACAUGCUAGGCUUUGUAGUUUGGAUUUCAUCCGGAGGAUAGAAGAGUGACAUCAGGUAUAUGCUUUAAAACAUCACUCUGGGGCUUCCCUGGUGGAGCACUGGCUAAGAAUCCACCUGCCGAUGCAGGGGACACGGGUUCGAUCUCUGGUCCGGGAAAAUCCCACAUGCUGCGGAGCAACUAAGCCCGUGAGCCACAACUGCUGAGCCGGCGUGCCGCAACUACUGAAGCCCAUGCGCCUAGAGCCCGUGCUCCGCAACAAGAAAAGUCACCGCAAUGAGAAGCCCAUGCACCGCAACAAAGAGCAGCCCCCACUCGCUGCAACUAGAGAAAGCCUGUGCGCAGCAACAAAGACCCAAUGCAGCCUAAAAUAAAUAAAUUUAUUUUUUAAAAAAA